AUGCACAACUCUGCGGUCCCCAUGGGGCUGUCGUUGAUCCGAGAGCUUCGAUGUCUGGGCAAUCAGGAGCUCAUCCAAGUGUACCACUGCUUUCCGGAUGAAAUGUCGGAAAAGAACCGCGCCAUGUUGUUAGAAGCGGACGCCAGAGUCGAGAUCGUGGACGUCUGUGCGAAAUUUGUGGAUCAAGGCGUGAUGAAGCGCGAGACGGCGGACAAGUUCCGGAACUGGUGGCUGAAGCCCUUAGCUCUGUUCUAUACAGACAUCAAAGAGGUCCUGCUUAUGGAUGUGGACGACGUCUUCCUGAGAGACCCAGCAGUGUUACGAACCACAGAAGGGUACCAGAGAACUGGUACCACGUUCUUCUACGACCGCGUGCUGUUGAGUAACGAGUGGUUCAACCAGGAAGUGAAGAACUCGACGUACUUGAAGACUCUAUUGAACGACUAUGCGUACAGAGGGGAAGCUUCUCACGAACAGGACUCGUCCUUAGUGGCAGUGGAUAAAUCACGAGCGGGUCAAGCCAUGACGGUCAUGUUCUGGCUCGUCACGGUGCAGCGAUUUGAGCGGGAGUUCUCGUUUGGAGACAAGGAAACGUUCUGGAUCGCCUAUGCGUUGGCGAAACACGAGUAUUUCUUUUCUCCCUGGGGUCCUAGUGUCAUUGAAUCGUCUCGAAACGAAGAUAUGAAGAAACACUCGGACUCAUUAUGCGGGAGUCUAGCGCACUUUAUGCCUGUGAAAGAUGAUACGCCUGAACUGUUGUAUGUGAAUGGCAAGGCGCUGCUGGAUCCGUUCCCUGAGGGUCUAGAGAAUCGAGGCAAAGCGUCGGCAAACGUUUUGUACAACCCCACGCCGUCAAACAUCACGCCAAGGCAAAACCGUCGACCGAAUGGCGGCACGUCCACCAGUUAUAAUGGAGAAUUCCCCAUGGAAUGCCUGAUUGGCUUCGGCGCGACGCCUCUGCCGGGUAACUUUGCACCGCAAUUACUGCGAAGACGCAUGUUCUAUUUGGGAAUUCGAAUGGAUGUGCUGUCUGUGCUGGAUUCAUGUUACGGAUUCGAUACUGCAGCGUACUAA